CGCAGAUGUCGUGUUUAGUGUCUUAGCAUAAGGACUCUGGUCGGUUGAAAAGUUGGAUCAAUUUUCAGCUGGGUAACCGUGUCUCUUUCAUAAGGUCGUAUUUAGAAAUGCAGAUAGCUACGUGACAAGCCCCUCCCUACCCAUCCCCCAAACAAUACAUGACUUAACAAACAGGUUUUUACAAUGUUGAACAAGUUUAAGCAACUUUUAUUACUCAUCAUAAUAGUCUCUGUGAUAUUCACAACGUUGAAAUACGCCCUGUAUGGAUCUGACGACAUCGGCUAUACCUACGUGCAAAAGGAAGUGAUGAAUUCUUCUAAAAAUAGCCCGAUGAGUUUAAAUCUGAAUAGUAAUCUAUGCCAGAUAAAUAUUUCGCAUCUUUGCCAAAAACAAGUUUCCACAAAGCCGAUAAAUACGACUAUUAGUUUAGAAAAAAGCAAGAAUAAUUACAUUGAAAUUGAAACAGAUAAUUUAACAGUGAAAAAUGUAAGUAAAGUAUACACGCAUGUUUUAACCGAGUUCACACCUGCUAUAGCUGUACCUUCUAGCACCAUCAACAUUACAAAGUUAGUUUCCCACGACCCAUAUUCCAACACCACAAAGACAGACCCCCACGACCCAUAUUCCAACAUCACGAAGCUAGACCCCCACGACCCCUACUCCAAGAUCAAGGAAAAACUCCUAUCUGGAUCACCCAUCUCCGUCCACGUCAUCAACCUAUCCAGUUGGUUACUGCCUUACUUAAAGAACGCCCCUGCGUGUUGCCAUGGCGACUGCGUGUUCGACCAAGACAACAUCACAGACGGCACUGACGUGGUGGUCAUCGUGGGUUUCCACCUGACCGAGUCACAGCGGCCGGUGCGCAGGUGGCCAGGACAAUUGUAUCUACUGCUGGACAAAGAGCCGCCGAUGAAUUUACCAAGCUAUCUGUGGGACGAUAGAUCUAGUCUAAGGUAUGCUUUUAACUUCACCGCCCACUACAGCGUGGACGCCGACAUCUUUUGGCCUUAUCACAUGCUAAAGAGAGUAAAGAACACGAACAAUUUAAACUAUUAUGAAAUCGCCAAAUCCAAAAAGAAAACAGCUGUGUGGUUUGUCAGUCAUUGUCACUCCAAGUCCAAGCGUGAAGACUAUGUCAAGGAAAUGCAGAAAUACAUCGACGUCGACAUCUUUGGACGCUGUGGCAACGACAGCGUCUGUCCUACUGGCUCGUCGCCCGACUGCCUGUUGCAGGUUCUAAACCAAUACAGGUUCCACCUGUCUUUUGAGAACUCCAUGUGUAAGGACUACAUCUCAGAAAAACUGUUCAAAGUCUUCACCCCGAAGACGCACAUCGUCCCAGUGGUGAGGGGUGGGGCCGACUAUGAGAAGAGUAUCCCUAGUCAUCUGUUUAUAAACGCAAACCAUUUCCACACAGCUAAAGACUUAGCGCUGUAUUUGAAAUCUCUAGUUGCUGAUGAAGUUAAAUAUAGCGACAUGCUUAGAGAUAUAGAUGAGUACGUAUUUACAGCGAUACCUAAUAUUUUUUGCACUAUCUGUCAGAAGUUGAAGUCUUUUAAAUUGAAAUCAAAGUUUUAUGAUAUUAAAAAAUGGCUAAACGAACAAUGCUAUGAACCGAAAGAAUUUACAUAAUAAAAUAGAGGAAAUGGAUUUGCUCUGAUCAACUAAAGAGAAGCUUACUUUAAACUUCCCGAAAAGGCGAGGCAGACGGCUCACUUUUGGAGUAAAAAUAAAAGCUGACCCAAUGAAGCCUUGCUGAAUACUUAGACGACUUAAUUAAGAGUUAAACAUAGUCGGAUUUUUGAAAUUUCUCUGUCACCCUCUACACAAAAGUAAGCCGGGGUCAACAAUGGGAAAUAUUUCAUGGAUUAGAAAUUAUUUGUGAACCUGUAAAGGAAUGAACAUGGUUUACCACCCAGAGUACUUUAAAAGGCCGAGAAGCGUUAUUUUAGUAUAUUACAAUAAAAUUACUUACAGUCCUGGAGAAGAAGAGUAGAAGAAGAAGGAAGGGGCUUCAAGGGGCGUAAAAAAAAGAGAGCUGUCCAAAGCCGAGUGGAGAGGUGUGGAUGUAGCCCUUUGCUAACUUGGCGGUAGGCCUACAUAAGGAAUAAAGAAGAUAAAAUCUACCGGGUGGUAAAACUAACCAGUAAACUAGACAGUAACUUGAAGAAAUGUUGUGAGUGGAUGCGUUUACAUUGUCCAGAAUAACA